AUGUCUGCCGAAGUCGAGCGAGAGCUGUUGAACCACUACAAGCUCGACUCAUUAUACCCCUCAGAAUGGCCUGAUCGAGACGACGACUACGACAGUGAUGGCGACCAUGACGCGACAAACACGAACCAUAGGGAGUCCAAGUUCGCUGCUCUGGAUCGCUCCGUCUCUGCUGCUGGAGGAAAGAGAUCCGACAACAGCGUGCAAAAAGAUGAACCCGAUCCGUUAGGCAUUGUCCCGAGUGUUGUCCACGAAUUGCGCCGUCGCGGCCUGCCUGUCGAGGAGAACCUUCGUCUGCGCAAUCGCUUCAUGCUGUCCUCGACCACCUUCUCGCCCAAUCUGUUCUUGUCGCAAGUCCACCAUGAUGCUUCCACCGACUCCCUCCUGAAAGGCCUCCAUUUCCUGUCUAGUUCCAUCGAGCAAAAGUCUGCCUCACUCAAGUUGUUGGUCGAGUCCAACUUCGAACGCUUCGUCAAGGCCAAGGCUACCAUUGACAAUGUAUACACCGAGAUGCGCACCCAGGGCCAGCAAACUAUGCCAGUCUCCCCUGGCCACCAGCGAAGGCACUCAAGGCAUACCAGCCGAGGAGGCAUAUCACAUUUCCGUACUCCUAGCGGAGCUCUGUCACCUCCUGCUGUGAAUAAGUUGCCAGACAAGAGAAAGAAUGCCUUGACAAAGGAGAGCGAGUAUGGUGUCCUCGGUAUCAAGGCUCCUCUGAUUGAGCUUGGUGCCAAAGCUGAGGAAGUCUGGGGUCCUGCGUUAGGUGGUCGUGAANAGGAAGAAGAUCUGAAGUCUGUCCUGACCUAUCUUGAACAACAUCGUGACGUGUUUGGAAUUGGUCAGGCUUUACAAGAUGCCAUCCGANAAAAGGACUAUGACUCCCUUGUAUCCGAAUACAACCGUGCUAAAAAACUUGCGAACGAUGCCACUCGAAAAGCUGAAUCAGGCCAAGAACUAUCAGAUGCAGACGUCCAUCAGAUCUUGAUCGCCGCAAAAGUUUGGUCAGAUGCUCAAUCACAAAUCGGCACCUUCAAGCGCGAAUCUCGAAAACACCUUGCUGCUGCCAGGACUCGCCGUUCUUCGCCAUCUACUGCUGCUCAGCCUGAUACGACUAUGGCUCUGAUCGCUACCCUUCUACAGAUUGACAUGGACGACAAUCCCAUCACGUUUUGGCUGUUUAGUCGAUACAACAACCUCAAAGAGAAGCUCACUCGCUCCUUUGAUCGUAUGCGCAUAGAGAUCGAGGUUUCAAGGCGGCGCUUGGCAUCAGCAGAACCACCCAGUCUCCAAACGUCGAAACUCCAUCUUCAAUCUGCUGUGGCUAACCUUGUGCAAGAUCGGAACCUGAAUAGCACUGCAAACGCUAUGGAUGCUUCCAAGAUAAUCGAUUUCUGGGAGAAGAUCCAAAGUGCUCUCCACAGCUUGUUGUCUGCACAAGGAGGCCUUCUGGGAGAGAUCAUCGAAUUUUGGGAGACUGCAGAAUCCUUCAUCUCUCACAAGGCGCAGAGAAAUCUACCCACCGGAGUCUUUGCUUCAGAGGGUCGUCAACAUCUUGAUCUCAGAGAAGACGAGAUAAACCGUCUUCGUCAAUCUGCUACAGACCUGCUCAAUAGCAUGCGCGAGAACAUCUUCUCGUUCUUCGUCGACUCACCAGUUGAAGACAUCUCAUCCUUGUUCUCGCCGGUUCCUGCGACACCCGAUACCCCUUCGUCCAGUCUGGCUAGCGACCAGCGCAUGUUCUCGUUCGAUGUAAACAACAUUCCUGAGCCCUCUCCAAAACGAGGAGAAUCUUGGGAGAAAUAUGCUUUCUGGGCACCCUACGCAAACUCCCUAAGUGGCGUUCAUUAUCUCAGUAACAUCUUACUUCUCGUUGGGACGUCAGCAGGUGAGGUUGCUAGUCUCUCUCUUGUCAGGGACAACUACCGCAUGGCAGAACAGCUCAAGACCAUGGUCAGCGGAGUACGCGAACGCUGCAUUCAGGCUGUUUGCGCCGCCUGGAACGUCGACUCUGAUAAGACCAGAUACCUCGAGGACUGGACAAGGCAUACGGAUCGCCGCGAUCUCACUAACAUGCCGUUCCGUUUUAGUGCUCUCGAGGAAACCAUCCUUGGUGAUAUGCAGAAAAUCUUGUACAUUUCCGGCGCCAUGUCGCGACCUGGUUAUGAGGAUGUUGUUGGGCCUCCACCAACCAAGCUUCUUCAGAUGGUCAGACACCAGUUCAUCACUAGCAUAUACAAAACGCUUAGUGGCGCUGUGGAGAAUGCAGAGAAGAACAAGAAGAUUGGAGAAUCCGCAAUAGACGACCCAGAUGGUCUCACAGUACCCAUGAUGCAAGGAGGCUCCAGUACGGAUACGAACAUCGUGACCACACGAGCGACAGAUAAGGUAAGUCCUAAGACCAGCUUCAACGGUCAUCAGGAGCUAAUAUGUAUAGNNAACGUCCGUCUAUUACUCACACUUAGUAACCUAAAUCACCUGCGUCGCGAAGUGGUGCCUCAGUUGAUCUCGCAAUUCGAAUCCUCGUUUUCGAUCAAAUUCACAGACGAAUCUAAACAAAUUCGCGAUGUGCUUAAGCAGAUCGAUGAUCGUCUGUUCCUAGGCUACGUUAAGCCCACGACCACACAACUCCGCGAUAUUAUCACAGCUGGUAUCUCCUCUCCGAACUGGCUACCCAAGACCUCUUCGCGACCAACAAACGCUCGUCCCUACAUAUAUGAUGUAUUGCUUGCUUUGGUGUUGGUGCACACCGAAGUUUCCACCACAGCAAGCACACUGACCUCACCCCUCCUAUCCCAUUUCCUCGAAUCCGCUAGUGAAUCCCUUCUCACAGCUUUCUCUGAGCGCCGUACUUAUUCUCUUACGGCUCUGAUGCAAGCAACUCUCGACGUUGAGCUGCUCGCACAAACCCUGUCCAACUUCACCACCGAAAAAGCAUCGGAGAUUCAAUCGAGGAUAUACUUGGUGCUUGACGAGAGGACGGAUGCAGAUGCAAGGACUAGGCUUCAAGCUGAGUUGCCAGAAAUGAGGGCAAUCUUGAAGAGAUUGAGGGAGGGUACCAAGGGACAAUUUGGAUGCUUCAGGAGGGAGAGGAGAGCUAGAAGUGAUAGGCCUGGUAGUUCGAGAAGUGGUGGGACUGCAGGAACCGGGUCGGUGGUUGGAUAG